UAAGAUUGGCGACCAGGCCAGAGACCCAAAAAACCACCCCCUGACCCUGGACGCCGGAUCCCCAAACCCUCCCCCUCCAGACCCCCUCGACGCGAGAUGGCCGACGACAACGGCGGCGGCGGCGACGACUACGUCAGCGAGGCCGUCCGCCCCGAGGGUGAUACACAUACGCGUGAAGAGGGAUUGUCAAAAUCCAGGGAUCGAGACAGAGAAAAAGACAAGGAUAAGGAGCGCCAUAGGGACCGUGACAGAGAUAGAGGAAGAGACAGAGAUCGGGGUCGGGACAGGGAUCUAGACAAGGAUCGGGACAGGGACAAGGAUCGGGAUCGUCACCAAAGGCAUCACCGUGACAAAAGGGAGCACCGAGACCGUCCUGAUGAUCACGAUCGUCACAGAAGCCGUGAUUCUGAAAGGAGAAGGGACCGCGAGAGAGAUGGACAUCGCAGGCAUCGCUCUCGUUCACGGUCUCGUUCAAGGGGCAGGGAUGAUCACAGAUCUCGAUCUCAUUCAAAAAGCAAGCGAGUCAGUGGAUUCGACCUGGGACCAACAGCACAAUCCGUACUUCCUCAGUUCCCUACCAUUCCAACCCCAAGUCAGUUACCGGGCUCUUCUAUUCCUGGAAUGUUCCCGAACAUGCUCCCUUUUGCUGUUGGACAGUUCAAUCCCCUCGUCAUGCAGCCACAAGCCAUGACUCAACAGCAUAUUUUUCCUCAGGCUACUCGGCAUGCUCGGCGUGUUUAUGUCGGUGGCCUUCCCCCAUCUGCUAAUGAACAGUCUGUUGCAAUAUACUUUAAUCAAGUCAUGGCUGCUAUUGGAGGAAACACUGCUGGUCCAGGUGAUGCUGUUCUUAAUGUGUACAUAAACCAUGACAAGAAAUUCGCUUUUGUGGAGAUGAGGUCUGUGGAGGAAGCAAGCAAUGCAAUGGCACUGGAUGGCAUUUUAUUUGAAGGUGCACCAGUGAAGGUUAGAAGACCAACAGACUAUAACCCUUCUCUGGCAGCUGCCCUGGGCCCAAGCCAGCCAAGCUCCAAUUUGAAUCUUGCUGCGGUUGGCCUAACACCAGGUUCAGCCGGAGGGUUAGAAGGCCCGGACCGUAUUUUUGUGGGUGGUCUCCCCUAUUACUUCACAGAGGCUCAAGUUCGGGAGCUGCUUGAAUCAUUUGGGCCUCUUCGAGGAUUUGAUCUUGUGAAAGAUAGGGAAACUGGUAACUCAAAGGGCUAUGCGUUCUGUGUCUACCAGGACCUCAAUGUCACUGACAUAGCCUGCGCUGCUCUAAAUGGUAUCAAGAUGGGAGACAAAACUCUUACGGUCAGACGAGCAAACCAGGGCUCAGCCCAACCUAGACCAGAGCAGGAAAAUAUCCUGUUGCAGGCACAGCAGCAGGUGCAGUUACAGAAACUUGUGUAUCAAGUUGGAGCGCUCCCUACAAAGGUUGUAUGCCUGACCCAGGUAGUUACUGCUGAUGAAUUAAAAGAUGAUGAAGAAUAUGAGGACAUUAUGGAGGACAUGAGGUUGGAAGCUGGGAAAUAUGGUAACUUGGUGAAAGUUGUCAUCCCGCGCCCUCAUCCGAGUGGAGAGCCAGUUUCUGGAGUUGGAAAGGUGUUCUUAGAGUAUGCAGAUGUUGAUGGUUCCACCAAAGCAAAGACGGCGAUGCACGGAAGGAAAUUCGGUGGAAACCCAGUUGUUGCGGUCUUCUACCCCGAGAACAAGUUUGCUGAUGAGGACUAUGACGCGGCAGCAUAAAUUAUCUCUUUUCCAAUGACAAUAGUGCUUUGUGUAGUUUGUUCGAUUUACAGCAACGUUUUCCCUUUAGUCAAGCUUUCCUGUAGCCCUGGAUUUAUGCAGAACCGCCAGUUAUUAAUAUUGGAAGAUAGAUUGCCUAAAGAUGAUCUAUUGGUCUUGUCCCUUAAUCUUGACUGGCGUUAGAUGUGCCAGGGUAUGCCAUUCUCUUCA